AUGGGGCAAACUUCUAGCUCUCUUCGAAGUAAAGGGAGCCGGAGAUCCUUUAGAAGUUUUAUCAGACGAUCAAAAUUGAAUAAAUCAAACUUAAGCCAUACAUUCAGUUUGCCGCCGUCGGAAGAAUAUCCAGAACUAAUGAAUGUGAACACAGCAACCGAGGAGCAGCUUAUGACUCUACCAGGAGUGUCAAGGCAGCUGGCUCAAGAAAUCGUACGACAUCGGCAAAUGAUUGGAAGGUUUAAACGCGUCGACGACCUUGCUUUAGUCUCAGGUAUUGGUGCUGAGAAAUUAGAGUUGCUUAGACCAGAGAUAUGUACAAACUCAAAAAGAGAGAUAUCUAGAGCUAGCUCCUGUACAUAUUCAUUAGAUAGUAUUAGAUCAUCUUCAGAAAACAAAUUAUGUUCAGUGAAUUCAUCUAGUGUAUUCCAAUUACAAUGUGUACCUGGCUUAAACCAGGAAAUAGCUGCAAAUAUAGUAGAUUACAGAAAUAAGAAGGGACCAUUCAAAUCUCUUGAUGAUUUAAUAAAAGUAAGAGGUAUGGAUAUUAUUAGACUGAGUACUGUUAAGCAACAUUUAAGUUUGGAACUACGAAAGAGUGAGAGUGUACAACAUUUGACAAAUGGCCAUGUCAAUGGAUGGAGGGAUCCUUCAAUAAAUGAAUCUAUGAUAAGUGAACCAAAAACACCCAAAAGCCCACAUAGAAAGACUGUAUCUAUGCCUGGCAAGUUUUCUAUAAAUUUACCAAAUGGUUUCGCAACUGCACCAGUUAAUGAUAUUUUAGAUCUACUUUCCGCUUACUCUCAUAGACCUAUAGUUGAAGAAGUAUUCACAAAUGAUAGAAAUGGAGUGAGGUGUUGUCGUCUAGCUUCAUGGAACCUUCAUCAGCUUAGUAUAGAUAAAGUAACAAAUCCUGGAGUCAGAGAAGUCAUAUGCCGGACUAUUUUGGAAUAUAAGUUAUCAAUAAUAGCCAUUCAAGAUGUCAUAGAAGCGAGAGCUUUGCAGAUGAUAUGUGAUGAGUUGAACUCUCCAGCAUUAAGAAGAGUUAGAGAGUGGCGGUGUAACAGUCACACUUGGCACUAUUGUUCACCGGGAAAUGGCAAUGGCAAAAACCUAGGCUUUUUAUACGAGCGGUCGAACAAGCACAUUAUAGUUGAGGAGCUCGCGCUCGAUCAGCUGUUGCCCAGUGAAGGGAGUGGAAAGCGGUUAGUCGAAGAGUUGGCGUCAUUCCGAAGCGACAAUGUAGUUAUCUAUCCACAAGCAUUCCUAAUAUGUGAAAAACCAGUGCUAUUGGUGAACGUGCAUUGCAAGGAGCUGCUCUGUGAAGACGAUGCAAACAAGCUACGGGAGAUCGCAGAUAUGCCACUGGCUCGGAAACACCAGGUGGCGUAUUUCGGCGAAUUCGUGAGAUGGGAGAAUGUUUUAUCGCUAAGGAAUUGCGAAUCGUUAUUGGACCAAGCCAUAGUUACCUCAGUGGAUCCGAACACAGCCGGCCAGAGUGUUAUCUUGUGCCCCGGAACCAUAGAUAAGAGCAAUUUUAAUGGCCACUCAGGAGCAAUCAAAUCUGGUCUGUGUCAUCUCGCGAUACCUCGCGGGUGGUCGUGGGGAGGCCCAGCAUCCCCCUUCUGUCCCAUCUGGACCGAACUGAAUGUGCCCGAU